AUGGAUUUGUCACCGUCGGCUUCGUUCUCUUCACUUCCUCCUGACAAGUCGCAGGGUAUCCACGCAUCUGCCACCAAGGCUUUCGGCAAACUCUGCUUCAGUGUGGUUCCGCUACUGUACACGCAGUACAGCCUCGAAACCUUCGUCAAGAUCUGUGGCCAUCCUAUCUUCGGGUCUUGCGUCCGCAGAGUCGGACUCUCUCAUACUCGCUUCGACCCGGACGACUUUGAUUCGCUCGUGCAAGAGAUGGCAUCGUGGAGGCUGACACGGAAGGAACUUGUGCAGACAGUACAACUCCUUUCUGCAAGAUGUGAUGCUGAAGAGUUUUUGGUUGCCCAUGACGUGAACAGCCUGCUCGAACAAGCAUUCUAUCAGCUUGCAAAGUUUAAUCACAGCUUAACGAUAACCAUCUCUCCCAACGAAUUCGCGUCAAUUGGUCGCAGAGAGAUCUAUCUGCCAGACGAGGACACCCAAUACUUCUACGCAGAUGUGCCUUUCACUUCGAGUGUUGUCCUCCAGUCAGCAAAGCGAGCUGGCUGCAGGGUAUCAAAGCUCGACAUUGCGGUCGCUUCACUUCGGUUCUGCCGUGAUACCGACUACGACCUAUCAGCUCUCAUGAGUUCCGUGUCGGAGCUCUCGCUCGAACUGACGUUGAUCCAAGGAGGUCCCGAGCCUCAGGAUUUCAUACAGUGGAUAAAGAAUUUGCUGUUCGGGAGCACUGAUGUGAAAAACCUAGACGUCUGCUGUAUGAUAUUCGACGACCUCGAUCAUCACAAGUUUGAUCCUUUUGGUCAGCUGAUCUCACGUUUGCCACUCGAGGAACUAUCUCUAUCCGACAUAGAGAUUAGUCAACAGACGAUGACGAAUCUUGUCGAGAAUCUGGGACCAACUCUCCGUCGCUUGUGCAUUUGCAGCUGCGACCUCGAUGGCUCUUGGAAAGAGGUGCUAGUUGCACUUCAGCAAUAUGCCCUCCAACUCGAGAAUCUCCAGAUCAGUGGCAGCAGACAGCCUUGGCCAGAUACUUUAGUGGUCUCUAGAGGUAUUACAGGUGUCCGCUUGGCCAUCGACAAGAUGCUACGAGUAGAGCAGCGCGCAGUCAGUGAUCGUGACGCUCAGGGCAAUGAAGAAUAA